AUGUUAGCGUUCAAGUUAAUUAAACUUAAUCCUUUCUAAGGAGACAGAGGAUUUCUCAAUUCAUUCUGUUUUAUUCUAUUUUUAUAAUUAUCUUUCUACGAACGCAGGAAGAAACGUACGGGACGUGUUUUAUAAAACGCAAAGUAAUUUUCUGCCCAACGACACUUUUUCUUCGCAACGUGAGCGAUAAAUAUAGGCGGGCAGGCUGAGUUGCUUCAUCAAUUCAAAAAAGAAAAAUGUAACUCGAUCACAGAGUUAACAUCCACUGCACCAUUAAUUAACGUCACUGCUUCAGAAUACGUCUUAAAAUGUUUUACAUUCAUCGAAGAAUAUUACAAGUUUAGCGUCUUUACCAUAAAUCUAAUUUAGAAUUCAUUCAGAGAUCCAAAAAUAAAUGUACAUCUGUUCAAAGUUCCGCCAACUUUCGAUCGAAUUUGGCUUGAAGAUCGACUUCAAGGAAAAUCCAUAAAACUAGCUGAUAGAAUCCAACUGCAUUUUCCUCGUCUGACGUGUGCUUCGCUCUAUUUUCAGACGAGCACCGAGAGUCGAGAGGCGGAAGAACAGGGUAGCAGCACGACCUCGCCCUCGGAGGGCAGGCACGCCGACGAGACGUCCGGCUCGUCCGUCCUUGAGAUGGGCAGCACGGAUUCGGCGGGCAGCGCCCACAGCGGCGGCCCUUCCUGCGGCCUGGUCAGCUCACUUUUCCCGAGCAGCUGCCGUGGCCGGGCCGAGGCGUUCGCCAGGCGUUUACAUCGGCGACUAACCUCUCUCGGCGGCGAAGAGAAUUCCCAGCAGAACGAGGAGUCCUCGUUGCCCAAGGAAACUUCCUGGUUACGUUCCUCUUCCGCAGCGAAAACAAUGAUGAACAACAACACGUCGAACAAUCACGUUCUUCAACAUCAACCGCGUCACAAUCCCGACACGGACCUCUGCUACGAUUUCGAUCUGGAGUACGAGGACGGCCUUAGCUCGCCGGCGGAGGAAGCAACGGCCGCGGAGGUGGCGGAUUUAGUCGUGAAUUCCGAGGUACUGAAGUCGAAUCAUCACGAGGUUCGUCAUCACAGUUCGCCGAACGGUUCGAAAGCAAUGCUCUCCAGUAUAGAUUCCGAGUCUGGAUAUGUUUACGCGUCUCCUCUGUUGGGUACGUCGCCAGACAGCGACUGCUCUGAUAUAUUCUUCGACCCGGAAUCGUCCGACGUGGAGAAACCGAAGAACGAGGUGUUCUUCGAUCCGGUGACCACGUCGGACAGCGAGCUGACCACGUCGAAUCUCUCCAACGGUUGCGACACGAUGAAAGCCAAGAACAACACGCCGUACCGUAGACGACCUGUCGAGAUCAGCGUCGAACAUUCCGAGGACACGUCCGAGUCGAGCGCGUCGUUCAGGAGGAACAAUUUCUGCGACCUGAUCAAGGACCCGAGGAAGGACGAUUUGGUAUGCAGUUCGGAGGACUCGAACGACAAAAGCUCCCAGGAGACGACCAGUCACGAGUCACUUUGGAGCACCUUCGACGAGAGCACUAUGUCCCUGCAGGACGAAAGUCCCUCCAACAACGACGAGCUGGAGAACGACGUCAGAAACGCGAGGAACCUCGUCAAGGAAGAUUCGCCGGAUUCUUCGGACAACACGUUCGAGGAAGACCUGCCGUACGACGAGGAGAAACCCAAGGAAACAUCGGUGCAGCAGACGAAAUUUCCGGGCCUGAAAACGGAGGAGAACGUUGGCAACGAUACCGACGACCACUCGACGUAUAGCAGCAUGAUCAACAUCCCCGGUGCUCUCACUCUGGAGUGUCCUACGGGAGAGCGAGUGGUGGAGGUGACGAUGAAGAACGAGAUACAACUGCAGAUAGAGAAUGGAACUGUAAUAAACAGCAGCGACGAGGACAAGAUGUGUCUUCUGUUGAAAAAGCUCGCCACGAGUCCAACGGUGAAGGACGACGUGCAUCUACCGAGGGAGCCGCAGGAAGACAGCAUCGAGGAGCAGGAGGAGGAGGAGGAGGAAGAGGAGGAAAGACCUCAGAAGAUCAGACGGUGUUCUUCGUUGAAAACCGGGAAAACGCCACCAGGAACACCCGGAAGGAAGAAGAUAGUACGAUUCGCGGAUGUUCUAGGCCUAGAUCUCGCCGACGUACGAACGUUCUUGGACGAGAUCCCGAAGAUACCGAACUCAGCCUACAGCGACCUCAUUUACGACGACAUUUUCCAAAAGGACACCAGUCCUCUGAGCACCUCGCCGAACACCACUCAAUGGGGGGCCAGAUACAUGGAGAGUCGACGUGGAUCGGGCUUCGCGCCACCUUCCCGCAAGAUAGACAGAACUUUGGUGCCUCUGUUCGAGCAGCCUGGCGGUCAGCCCAACUUCCUGGACCUUGUCCGCGAGCGUCGAGUGUGCUUGGAGAACGUGCUCAUCCAGGACCCUCUCACGCUCUGCAUUCACGGCACGGUUCGUGUGAUCAACCUGGACUUCCACAAGUCGGUGCACAUCAGAUACACGUUGAACUCGUGGCGGAACUUCAGCGACUUGCAGGCCAUCUACGUGCCUAAUUCCUGCGACGGUUUCAGCGACAAAUUCUCGUUCGUGCUCUACUGUCACACGUUGCCGGUCGGCCAGAGGCUGGAGUUCGCCGUUCGAUUCCAGUGCAAGGGCGAGCAGUACUGGGACAACAACGCCGGGGCCAAUUACUGCUUCCAGUGUUUGCCGGCUUCGUCCACCGUCGGCUACAUACCGAUCACAGCCCAAGAGAACCAGCAACACGAGUGGUCGCCUGUGUUCUACUGA